CAUUCAUAUCGCAUCGAUAGUCCACAGUGGCAACACGUUCAAGUGCAGAAAAAAAAAACAAAAUCCGACCCUGGCAAAAUACAAUCAGCUGUUUGUAAUGACAGUUCUCUGACAAAUACAAAAUGGUUGAAAACUAAAGUUGGCAAACAAAGAAAGGCAGCGUAAUAGCGUUAUUUGGCGUUUAAAAACGUUUUUUGAAGUGAAAAGUGUAUUAAAAUAGUGUGUGUGAAGUGUUUAGUGCACAAUGUUGGAUUUGGAGAUCAUCCCGGAGCGAUCCCUGGGCUGCGACGCCUGGGAGUUCGUUUUAGGGAUGCAUUUCUCUCAGUCAGUGGCCAUCAUACAGAGUCAAGUGGGCACAAUAAGAGGGGUACAAGUACUAUAUAGUGAUCAGAAUCCCCUAAACGUAGACCUAGUGAUAAAUAUGCCUCAGGACGGCAUUCGGUUCAUAUUUGACCCCGUGGCCCAGCGGCUCAAGAUCAUAGAGAUAUAUAAUAUGAAACUAGUUAAGCUUAGGUAUAGCGGCAUGUGCUUCAACUCGCCAGAGAUAGCGCCAUCUAUCGAGCAGGUGGAGCACUGUUUCGGCGCCACGCACCCCGGCCUCUACGAUUCUCAGAGGCACCUGUUCGCGCUUAACUUCAGGGGACUAUCGUUUUAUUUCCCCGUUGAUAGCAAAUUUGAGCCCGGCUACGCGCACGGCCUGGGCUCGCUCCAGUUUCCCAACGGCGGCUCGCCCGUCGUCGCUAGAACUACCAUUUACUACGGAUCUCAACACCAGGCAAGCAGCAGUGUAGGAGCGUCUAUCGGCGCGCCUCUCCCCCCUCUCCCUCUGUCCUGUUACCGGCAACAGCUUCAUUUGCGGCGCUGUGAUGUCCUCCGCUCACCGCAGAGCACUCGUGGAUUAAGAUUACACAUGUUCACUGAAGGCACGUCGCGCGCGCUGGAGCCAGUGCAGCUGGCGCUGUGCCGCGUGGUGCGCUUCGGGGACUCGUGCCAGGCGGUGGCGCGCGCGCUGGGCGCCCCGGCGCGGCUGUACUACAAGCACGACGACAAGAUGCGCAUCCACCGCCCCCCCGCGCGCCGCCCCAGGCACGCGCCCCCCGCCACCGACUACUUCUUCAACUACUUCACGCUGGGAUUGGACAUCCUCUUCGAUGCAAGCACGCACCAGGUGAAGAAAUUCGUACUGCACACCAACUAUCCUGGGCACUACAACUUCAACAUGUACCAUCGCUGCGAAUUUGAGCUAGCCGUGCAGCCCGACAAAUGCGAGCCGAAUUCGCUAGUAGACAGCGUGGGAGCCGUCAACAUCACUGCCUACUCCAAAUGGGAAUCCGUCUCUCGCGCCCUACGCGUCUGCGAGCGCCCUGUGGUCCUCAACCGGGCUUCAAGCACUAAUACUACCAACCCGUUCGGAUCUACCUUCUGUUACGGAUACCAGGACAUCAUAUUUGAGGUGAUGUCGAAUAACUACAUCGCAUCGAUCACGCUGUACCAGCCGGAGGGCGGCCGCUCCGCCAUCCCUGUCAACUCUAUCGCGUGACACAACCAGGUUUCCCCAAGCGAAGGCUUGUACACAUCCUGAACCAUUCAGUCGCCUUUUAAUCCUCCACUAAGAGCACAGUGGCGCCGCCAUGCGCCGCGAAGCAACAUAUCCCCGAUAAAGCACCUAAGAGGAAACAGUAUUGAAAAAAAAAUGUGAUAAAAAAAACUAAAAAAAGUUAAGUGAGUGACAGAUCUCAGACGGUGUGCAUAAGUCUUAUUUAAUUCUUUUUUUUCUCGACAUAGAUGGACGUGUAAGUAAUUAGUCAAAUUUGUUUUUUUAAACCGAAUCAUGAGAUAGAAUUAGGCUGUUGUAAAUAUUUUUGAAAUACUAAAAUUAAGGAUCAUAAAUCAAUGUAUUUUUUCUAAAAAAAAAGAUGAUUUUGAGGAGUUUGCUAUUGCGUGUGGAAGAAAAAAAGUGUAAAAAAAAUAUUUUUCUUAUGACAACACCACAAUAUGCCAUGGAUGUUUUUUUUUUAUUUUUAUGGUUUUAAUUAUUAAUAAAUGUGUAAGGAUUAUAAGUAAUGUGCCUCACUAUGACGUUAUUUAUUUAUGUGUUUGUAUUUUCAUUUUUUAUAUUGUCUUGCUUUUCGAUUUCGUCAAUAGUUUAUAUGAAUCGAAGAGUUAAGCUUGAAACUAAAUCAAAAAAACUUCUUUAUCUAUAUUUUUAAAUAAAUAAUAAGCUCUUGUCUUAGGAUAACUAUUUAUUUGUUUAAAAAUAUAGAUUUAGGUCGUAUAAAUAUAAUUUUAAAUAUUGAAUGAUAGUGUCCUGUGCAAUUACCAUCAGAAAUUCCAUUCGCGUAGACAAGAUGCCAAUAGCAUACGAUCCGUAGCGAUUGCAAUUAUCUCUUUCUGCCGAUCUUCUGAUAGAAAGAGAUACAUUGAAUUAUUGGCCCCUACCCGCCAUAAAAUCGACUUUAGUAUCAAGGUUUCUAAUGGGUUGGCAACGCGCACGUGACACCCCUUGAGUUGCAGGCGUCCAUAGGUUACGGUGACCGCUUUCCAUCAGGCGGGCCGUAUACCUGUUUGCCACCGACGUGGUAUAAAAAAAAAGUGUACAUACAUAAAACAUAAACAAAAUCACGCCUGUAUCCCAUAAAGGGGUAGGCAGAACACAUGAAACUACUAAAGCUUCAGUGCCAAAAAAAAAGUGUAAAAGUACAUUAUUGUCAGUAACCUGUACAUACACCGUGCAUAAAAAAACUCGGUGUAUAGACGUCUCUUAGAGACUAUAAGGUUGUGUAUACAUUUUCAAUGUUCGUUUGUAAACUGUUGAAUCAACCUAUUCGGAUAUGGUAAAGCACUUUGUAUAGUCAAUUUUUGAUGGUAAUUGUAUAACUGUGAAGACAUGCUUUGUUAUGUGUCGUUAUGUGUAGACGAAUGUGUGUGUGUGUCAAUGCCACGUAGCAGUCACAAAUGUGUGUGCAAUAUAAUUUUGUCAUAUCAACAUUUCAAGCGAACGUGAUAAAAACCAAAACGUUAUAAAAAUUACUUUUUGUAUACCUACAGCUAGAAUUUUACAAUGUUCUAGAGAUUUUAGCUUUGUUAACGAUUUUGCUAUAGGACGAAGUAUAUAUGCCUCAUUUCUAGUACCCAACCAUCAGUGGUGUAUAGAACCAGCAAAAUUUGAUUCGAAAUUUGAAACAAAAUUUGAAGCAAAAUUUGAUUCAAAUUCAAGUUCUAACAUAAAACAUCGACAACCAAAAAGUACAAUCGAUAUUCAUUGUGACAUGACGGACAGAGUCUAUAUGGGUGAAUCAACUUUUUCUUGCUUUUUGCAAGAAAUGCCAUACUUAUUAUUAGCUCUACUUUUGUGAGUUUUUAACCUGGCCAUCGUGAAUAAAGAUCC